UGAGAUAAUGUGAAACGUUGUGGACUACUGUGCCGUACUGGACAGAAGUUAGGUUAAUAAUACAAAGACCAUAACUUCCUCAUCCAGAGGACAACACACCUUCUAAAAGGCGUGUUUUCAUAGUACAGCGGCACUGAAGCUGGAUCCUGCAUGUCUGAAAACCUUAACAAGGAAACAAAGGUAUACAGUGCUGCAUUUAACAUCAGACGAUCGCAUUCACACAGUAGCAGAGUCUCCGAGUCUCUCUCUGAGAGAGAAAAGACUGCACACCAUGAAUAUCUCCAUCACAUCCAUCCUGCUCAGUCUGGGAGGAAACUGUCUCAUCAACUGGGUCCUUGUGUUUUUCCACCGUCAACACAUCUGCAAAAGCUUCAUGGGAGUUUUCGCCGUUUCCCUCGCUGUCGUCGACACCACCCUGACCCUCUCUGUCGCCACCCUUCACAUCCACCCCGAUGGACAAGUCUUCCUCCUGGGAUUGAAGCUGACUAGGUACCACAUAUGUUUGCUGGUUCAAAUCGUCGGACAAGUCUACAGUGCUCUGCAGUGGCCCGUUGUAGUCUUGGCUGGUGUGGACCAUCUCUGCACUGUCACUCGGAGGUUGCAACCCAACAACGCCAGGUUCAGAUGGUUUGUCUUCUUAUUUGUGACAUUCCUUCUGUGGUACUUCUCUGCUUUCUAUGUCUUUCUGAUGUCUGACUUCAUUCCUGCCUUGGAGGAUGUGGAUUCCAGCCAGAUUCACCAGUGCCGGGUCUACAGCUGUGACAUUGUGCAGGUUGCCUUGUUCUUCCUCCUGGCUCUUUGCUGUGCAGUAGUGCAUGCUGGGUGCAGCAGACCACUAAAACAAAGUAGAUCUGACUCAAGCAGAAGUGUUGUUCACCAAGCUUUGUAUAUAUUUCUUCACACAUGGAGCAUAUUCCUGUUUUUUCAAUUCCUGCUCCUCCUGUUACCCGUGGGACUACCUGCAUACCUGGGUCUGAACACCGGCUGGCUCUACUUCUUCAACAGUCUCCUGAUAGCACUCGUUUUAUGUGUAGUCUGUCCAGCCUCACAGCUAGCACAGGGCUUGGCAGCAGUUCCUCCCGACAGCUUCUGUGAGUGGAGAUUUAAAUUUAGCUUGGCUGCAGAGGACAGAACAUGCACCAAAAAACACACACAGGGCAAGUGUUAGAAGCUGCUGGCUGCUGAGACCUCUGUGUUUCAUGAAUGUGGAUCUAAGAAUCAACAACUAUCAGGUAGAUCGAUGGAUUGUCCUCUGACUUCUCAUCAUCACCCUCAGGUCAAAGUUUUCACUUACCCAGUGAAACAUCUCUUUGGUGCAGACAUUUGUAGC